AUGCUCGGUUUUCGACUGAUUGCAUUCCUAAUAUUUUACGCUUCGGUUUAUUGUGAGAAUUUUAAUGAAGAACUUCUCAUCAAAGAUCUUGGUCAUGGAUAUACAGCAUUCCAUUUCAAUUUUGCCGCUACAACUUCAGAGUCUGUUUUCCAUUCAAAGCACUAUAACAUUCUUCCGAAACCCAUCAUUCAAAUCCUAAAAAAAUAUGAUGUGGAUGAAUUCCACCUUUCUAUCUCAAGAGGGAUAUGGGAUGAACGUUGGGGUAGUAACUUUAUUUCAGUUUCCCCUUCUGGAGCUGAACUAUGGGCAUGGUUUGGAAGUCAAACUACCAGUGUUGAUCAAUCAUGGUUUAAAUUAACACAUGCUCUUUCGGGAUUAUUCUGUGCUUCUUUAAACCGACUAUCUACAAAUGAACAUUUUGCUUCUCCGAUCCACUCUUACAAGCCAUCUGGAGUACCGAAAUUCAGUAGAGUUUCUAAGGAGGUCAGAUAUUCUCAGCUACCUGGUGAGGCUUUGUGCAGUGAGAAUUUGACUCCAUGGACCAAGUACUUACCAUGUAAAUCAUUUUCCGGUUUGGGAAGCUUGUUGCGUUCAACUUCACUGUUUAAGUCAAAUUACAACACCAUGACUAUUGGAGUUAGACGAGUGUGUUUGGAUUUAGAAUGUCACGAAAUCGGGUUAGAGCUGAUGGAAACCCUGACGGUUGUCUUUGACAGAAGUUUGUUGUUUGCGAAAAGAACGUCUCCUUGGUCUAUCAGAAGUAUCCUUGGUUCGGAAUUCAAAGGAUUUUGCGAUGCAGCAAACACUAGUCGCGUGUUCAUCCUUGCUUCAUAUGAAGAUAUGAAUAUCCCUUUAGAUAAUAAACUGAAAGUCGACUGUUUGGAUAAUCGUGUUCUAGCUGCGUAUUCGACAAAAGAUCUAUCUACACAAUUCAUAUCUUUUCCUUUCAAAACUAGUGGAAAAAAGUCCUCUACAGAGCAUUCACCUCUUGUUUCAGCUACCAAACAUAUCACUGGUUCUGGAAGUGUAAGGGGUGGAGUCAAAGUUUUCCUGACUAGUAGAGCUGACUUCAACUUAAAGAUAGUUUAUUUUGAUUUAAUUCCGUGGUACACACAAGUUUUUUUCAGUUCCUUAAAAAUCUACGGUUUGGAUCCCAAAACACAAAACAAAACAGUGAUUACUCCAAACUGGUUGGCAGUUAAACCAAGCUUGGCUAGGAAACGUAUGGGCAGUAUUGAAUUAGUAAUCACUUUGCCUGCUCUUAAUCAGCUAAUCAUUACUUAUGAGUUUCGGAAAGUUUUACAACGCUGGAAUGAAUUUCCUCCUGACGCCAAUCAUGGCUUUUUCGUUCCUGCAGCAACUGUUUCGUAUGUUUUAAACAGCGAACAAAUAUAUUAUUUAAACAAAACAAAACAUACAGCAUUCCACAAUUUGAAUCUCCCGAAUUGGGCCAGUAGUUACAAUCAGUUUUUCAAUACAACUCAUUCUGCACCUCAGGAUGGUUUUGUUCGUCUACACACUCCUGUAUCUCUGGUCACAAUGCCAACACCAGAUUUCAAGACAGAUAUUUCAAUUUCAAGGGAUCAAAUGAACUCUUCCCUGGGUUAUGGUCACUAUACCUGGAAGUGUGCAGAAGCCUUGUCUGAUUUUCUGGUGAAGUAUCCUGAGGUAGUCAGAGGGCUUCGAGUUCUCGAACUCGGUGCUGGCACAGGACUUUGUGGAAUUACUGCAGCUAUUCUCGGGGCUCUUCAUGUUCGAUUCACUGAUAAAGACACGACAUAUUCGGAUAAACUACAUCUUAAUGCUCAGCUGAAUGGAAUCAAAAAUUAUGAUUUUACUCCAUUAGAUUGGAACUAUCCCCUCGACUGGUCAGGUGGGAUCUUCGAUACCAUUUUAGCAUCUGAUUGUUUGUAUGAUAAGGAAGUAUAUGAACCGUUUUUGAAGACUGCAACUUUACAACUAAGAGUAAACAACAAUGCGUCUUUACUUCUUUCUUUCGAAAAUCGGAGCAGUUCUUUUACAGACCUCUCAGUUUUGUUUAAGAAAUAUGGUCUCAAGGCCGAUGUUCUAACUACACCUAGUAAUUCGUUCAGAAAUAUCCAUUUAUUGCGUGUUACCUCUAGUCAGCAAUAA